GAACACUUCACAUGCGGCAGGGCUGACGUUCCGUACAGCACAGGCUGCUCAGUAUACAGAUGUACGGUCUGAGUUGGUGACCACAAGUUUUGGUACCGGUGCGCUUUGGCAAACAGAGUCCUUUUGACGACAUGUUCUUCCUUCACUGAAGACGUGGGAAUGAAGGGUCCGGUUGCUGCUGACGUCAGCAGUGUGCCGUAAGCAGUUGCAGAUCACAGCUGAUCGGUGACGUCACCUGCUGGACGCGAAAUCUCCCCGCGAAAAACGUGACUCUCGGUUCUGUUUCCUCACCGCCAUUCUUUUCGCCGCCCCAUCUCACGAAACAAAGACUUGAGUUAGGAGAAAGCACACAGGGCAUCUUUGUCUGUAACCAUGAAUGCCAGCAACGUGACUUUCCCACCCACUGGCAUCGCGGCCCCCCAGGGAGGCGCCGGCCCGAUCGUCAUCCUGGUGCUGUCCCUGUUCACAGUCUUCACCAUCGCGGGGAACCUGCUAGUCAUCGCGGUCGUGUACAGGGACAGGAAACUCCGGACAGUCACCAACUAUCUCAUCGUGUCCCUGGCCUUCGCAGACUUGUUGAUCGGGAGUUUGGUCAUGCCCUUCGGCAUCUCCCUGGAAGUAACGGGAGGAGAGUGGCUUUUCGGGAAGCUGUGGUGCGACAUUUGGCACUCGCUGGACGUGAUGGGCAGUACGGCGUCCAUACUCAACCUCUGUGCAAUCUCCCUGGACAGGUACUGGGCUAUCACCGACCCGGUGUUGUACCCUUGCCGGGUGACAGUCGGCCGGGCCCGGCUGAUGAUCGCCCUGGUCUGGCUCUGCUCGGCGGCGAUCUCCUUCCCGGCGAUCGCGUGGUGGCAGGCGGUGGGUGACCCGAGCUCUCCCGACCACCUGUGCCUCUUCACCUCGGACACGACUUACCUGGCCACCUCCUCGUGCGUCUCCUUCUACGUGCCUCUCCUCAUCAUGCUCUUCACCUACUACAGGAUCUACAGAAUCGCCGCCCGGCAGAGAAAGAGCCUCAUGCAGGGCGUGAAGGUGUUCGACGCGGACGGGAAGGACGGGGAGAGUCUGUCCUUACGUGUCCACCGCGGCGGGGGAAGUGCCGCCGGGAGGAAAGAAUCGCUGGUGCCCUGCGGCAACGGGGCUGUCUCCAACAGCGAGAGACUCUCACAGGCCGCGAACGACAAGAAACUGCGGCAGAUUAAGAUUGCCAAGAGGCUGCAGAAGUUUACAAAAGAACACAAGGCGGCGAAGACGCUGUCUAUCGUGAUCGGCGUGUUCAUUCUGUGCUGGCUGCCGUUCUUCGUGCUCAACAUCAUCAUCAGCGCAUGCUCGUUCCAGUGCAUCGACGGGGUGGACUUCCUCUACGCCAUAUUCACCUGGCUAGGCUACGUCAACUCGGGAUUCAACCCCAUCAUCUACGCAUGCUCCAGCAUAGAGUUCCGCAGGGCUUUUGCCAAGACCCUGUGUCAGUACUGCCCCAAGGGCCUGUGCAAGCGCAAGCACUUCCCGGGUUACUCCGUCCGAUCGGCCCUGGCCACCGUGACAGUAGAGAUGCUCCAAAGCAGGCACAACGAGGAGAUGCCAAACGGCUCGGCGAGAAGGUAUAACCGCAGGACCACCAUAUGACUAUAUAAGGACAAUAACAACGGGGAAACAAAGCUGAGCAUGUCAAAGCUACCCCCGUUCAACUAUAGAAAAUCAGUUUGUACUUUGUAAUGACAUUUUACAGGUAGAUCUAUUGUAUCCAUAAGUUGGAUUAUUUAAUGACGUGAAUCGGUUGUUCAAAUACUGUAUAGGUGUAACUCUUCUUCCUGCUGUUUCUGCGCAGCUAUGUCGCUUCUUUUUCAGAUUCAUUAUUAUUAUGCAGUAGUAUUGCACAGGUCUAGCUCAUGUACAUUGCUGUCAUAUAUCUGCACACGGAGGUUUGACACUAACUUCAUUCAAAACUACAGGGAUUCGAUCGAUUGCACCAGACAUUAUUGCGGUUUCAUUAAGCGAUGAGAUGUUCUUAUGGGUAAUAAUAACGCUCUAGGUUUGACAUGUGAUAUAUGAAGCGGUACGUAUAUUGGUAGAUUUUGUAUAAUUUUUCUCGGCAUUGUCAUGUUUGGUGAUGUUGCAUACCUGUCACUGGGGCACGUGGAUAGAUUAAUCUCAUGUAAAGGGACAUUUUGCAAUAUCCGUGUGACUUCUAAGUAUUUGUUGAUAUAGAAAGCAAAAUGAUGUUGAAAGGGGACACAGGCCAGAAGCACACACCACCUCCCUGUUCCUGUUCAGUACGGCAGCUGUAAGGUUCCGUUCUGCCCUAACGCUGUGUGGACGUGCAGUGAGGUUUACGUUUUGGACAGGAUUAUUGCCUAUGUUGAAUUUUUCAUAUUGUAAAUUGGUGAUACAGUUCCAAGUGCUGAUUCAGAAUAUUUUCCGUGCUGUAAGAAAAUAAUGAAAUUGUGGAAGACUUGCUGCCUCGAUAAAGACUGGUACCCUGGCGUGAAUUAGAAAACUGGCCGUGAUUUGGGGACACGCACGUUUGCCAAAAUGAAAAGUCGGAUCUUUCCACACGUGUAAGUGACGUCGUGUGUACACUAGUUUUCCUCCACCUGUCUUGUCAAUCUAAUUAGGUUUAACGACAGUCGCUGUGAUUAGAAAAAUUAGCCGAAGAGUCUUUCUUCACGUGAACGUGAAGUCGCGUGUCCAUUUAAGCUUGUCUUUUCCAGGCGUCUCGGGCGGCCCUAAUUGGGCUGUGACGACAGUUGCUGAGGGAAAAAAAACGAAAAAAAUUCAGAGCACGGCUAGUUAAUUCUGGUAUAGAAAAGUUGUGUUGAUAGUAACUACUAAGAGGAGUGAUAAACUAUGAGUUUAGUUCUAUCGUAAUGCGGCGUCGCACUGCUGACCACCUGCGGCCGAAUAGGUUACUCGCCAGAAGUUCGCCGAGUAUCCGUAUUGUGGGCGAAAAUGGCCUGCAGACCUAGGAAACUCGUCGAGUGAGCCAUGUUCCUGUUGUGUGACGCUGGCUGUUUCAUGUUGAUAGAAACCGGACCGUUGAGCGAUGCACCGCGGUACGUACGUACUAACUUUAUUGUGCUGUUAAAAAUUAAUUGGCUGUGGACGCGAGCAACAGGUAGGCUGUGAUACACAAUAUCUUGCUGCCAGGGGUUAAUUGGGCUUCAUCCACAACUAGUGAAAAGGCUGCUAGAAGCUACAAUGCAUUCAGACUAGAGCAACAGGCAAAUGAGCCAAACUUAAUGAGCUAUAUAUAACAAAAAUCCAAUCUAUUGCCAUGUAUGUCAAAGCUUGGAGCGCAUGUAUGAUAUUGAAUAGGAUAACUUAGUUUCUGUGUUUGUGAUCAGGUUGUGUACAUUACCCGCUGCAGGUACAUGACAAUGUUGUUCUCUGAAACACCGGGGUGUAAAUAAUACAGAUACCAGUUGAUGUAUGUCCUACAAAAAGAAAUCAAUGUGUUGAACUAUGAUAUGUACGAUUAUUAGCAUAUUCCAUACUGUGAAUCAUCCCAUUGCUGUAAUGUCGCUACCUUUUGUCGAACGGACGAAAAAUGCUAGGAGGGGAUUACGUACGACACAACCAACAACCCGUCCUUUCCUUAACGACAGACGUGCAAUAGAAAAGACAUGUUUUGUA